AUGGGCCACAUUGCCCCUCUCGACAUUCAAGAUCCAAGUGAUCUUGAUGCCAUCCUGCGCGACAGGAGGCUCUCGGACCUCGAGGUCUAUGUAUGGGAGCCUACAAGGAAAUCCAUCGAGUACCGACACCGGCUGGGAGCGUGGAGAGUUGCAGAAAGGAAGAAAGCACGCCCAGACGCCGAAUUCUGGGGUCCUAGAAGCGAGCUAUACUACCAAGACGAACCAGACGACAUUGGUACCAGUGGUAUUCUGCCGAUAAAACCAGACGGAAUUUGGCAAAGUCUGCCACCUUGCUCGACUCAGGAAUACUCCUACCCCCGCAAGCUUCCUGAUGCGUCGAUUGUCGUGGCUGAACACGAGGAAUCCGUGAAGGAGGCAUUGUGUGAACAGUGUGCCAAUAUUCCUGUUGGAAAGCUGUUCCUGUCAGGGCAAAGCUACAAGCUAUGCGACAAGGCCUCGCAUUUGGAUGUCAACUCGUGCCGCCUCUGCCGCAUGAUAUUUCGACAUAUUAAGAAAAGUACCCCCUCCCAAGACAACAAAAUCUGUCUGUCUGUGAAACCAGCGGAUGGCAUCUUGUCACCAAGACUGGUUGUUCGAACAGGCUCGCAGCAGAGCGAGCAAGCGCCCUUCGCCAUCCUCCAUCUGACGGGAAGUAAAGAGUAUUUUCGCCUGCUCCAAAAAUGGCUGGAUGAAUCAAGCGCCAGCGGCCGCGAGCUCCGUCCAUAUUAUUUGCCAUCUCGGUUGAUUCACAUCACUCAUUCCGAAGAUCAUUUCAAAUUGCGACUCAUUAAGACGGAAGAGUUCCAGUUCAGCUCGCCGCGAUACAUCGCCUUGUCUCAUCGCUGGGGCGGUAUCGAUACGUUCUGUACAACCGCAGAUAACUUCCACGAGCGGCUCAACGACAUUCCAUACUCUGAGUUGCCGAAAACCUUUCAGCACGCUGUCAUUACUACUUGGAAUCUUGGAGUCAAGUACCUUUGGAUAGACUCGCUCUGUAUCAUCCAGCGCAAUGCGGGCGACUGGCGCCAUGAGUCGGCAAGGAUGGAGAACGUCUUUGCGUACGCUCACUGUACGCUUGCUGCCACUUCAGCGAAGAACUGCAACCAGGGCUUCCUUGAUAGGUCAACCGGAAGCUCUGUCAAACUCACGGAUCCUGAUUCAAACUCUGCACUGUCUGUUUACAUCAAGGAAUCGGAAAAUGAUUUCGACAAGGACGUAGCUCAAGGCCCGUUGAAUAAACGGGCAUGGGUGUUUCAGGAAAGAGUUCUAUCACGUCGAACUAUUCAUUUUACGACAGAACAGACAUAUCUUGAGUGUGGCUCCAAUGUCUGGUGUGAAGCCAUGGGCCCCGAGCAUUGGUCAGAGAAUCCGCUACAAAAACUUCAGUUGCAAUUGUUUGAAACUGGGGAAUCUUAUCAAAAGGAGGACUCUUUAUUCGAGAACUGCUUUUCCCAAUACUCGACCCUGGAUAUCACAGACUGCAGGGAUCGCCCUGCGGGCAUUCUUGGUCUUGAGUCUAGAUUGGCAGAGUCAUACGAGACGGCAAGUUUGUACGGGAUUCUCAUCUCGUCGUUCUACAACAGCCUCUUCUGGCAUCGCUCGAGUGACAAGAAAAUGAAGGCGGUUGACUUUCCAGAGGAAAAUGUGCCGUCGUGGUCUUGGAUGGCUUACGAAGGAGCCGUAAACUAUGGUUUCUUGCCAGGUUCCUUUUCAGGUUCAAUCCAAUUCGACUGCGCUGAAAAGGAAGAUGAGGACAUCAAACUUACCAAUGCCGGACAACUCGCCCCCAUUAGAGAGGCAGGCUUCUUGCUUAUCGCUCCACUGUACCAAGUUUCUGGCAGCUGCAUCAUCGAGCCUGACGGCAACUCUAACUGCAAGAUAAUAGCUGGGGACAACUUCCUUGGGUGGCUCAGAUACGAUGGUGAAUACAAGAAGGCUGGCAUCGACUUGCUCUGUAUCCGUGUUGGUCGGAUCGACACUGAAAAGGAACGUGAUCUGAGGAGUGGCGAGCUAGCUCAGAGAAGCUUUACUACGAUUAUGCUUAUCACGCCUACAUAUAGAGACGGGAGGCACGUUUACAAGACAUAUCAAAGGCUCGGGGUGGGCAUCAUUAGAGAAGAAUCUUUAGUGCGCGAUGAGCAAGGACUGGUUUGGGUGGCAUGA